AUGGCGUCGAUAGACUCCCAGUCGAAGAAUCGCAUGCAAGGAUUCAAAAACAAAGGAAAGGAUCAGGAUGAAAUGCGACGUCGACGAACGGAGGUCACGGUGGAGCUGCGCAAAAACAAACGCGAAGAAACGAUCCUCAAGCGACGCAACGUUCCUCAGACGGCAGAAUCGACGGACGAGGAGGAUUACACACUACAGUCGAAUCUGAAGAAACUGGUCGAGAAGGCUGGCAACAGCAACGACAAAGAGGGACAGCUGGCCGCAGUCCAAGCCGCCCGUCGGCUACUGUCAUCGGAUCGCAAUCCUCCAAUUAACAAUCUCAUUGACAGCGGCAUUCUUCCGAUUUUAGUCAAUUGUCUUGAGCAGGAUGAUAACCAGGUGCUGCAGUUUGAGGCGGCCUGGGCCCUCACAAACAUUGCGUCCGGUACGGCCGCACAAACGAACCAGGUCGUCCGUGCUGGAGCGGUUCCGCUAUUCCUGCAUCUGCUCAAUUCACCAGCACCGAACGUAUGCGAACAGGCAGUUUGGGCGCUCGGCAACAUCAUUGGCGAUGGGCCUAGCCUGCGGGACUACGUGAUUAAGCUGGGCGUCGUGCAGCCGCUGCUGUCCUUCAUUCAGCCGGAAAUUCCGAUUCCCUUCCUGCGCAACGUCACCUGGGUGAUUGUGAACUUGUGCCGGAACAAGGAUCCACCGCCGCCGGCCGCCACGAUUCUGGAGAUUUUGCCAGCACUGAACAUGCUGAUCCACCAUACGGACAUCAACAUCCUGGUCGACACGGUGUGGGCAUUGAGCUAUCUGACCGAUGGUGGCAACGAGCAGAUCCAACUCGUAAUCGACAGCGGUGUUGUGCCGAAGCUGAUUCCGCUUCUAUCGCACGUAGAAGUGAAGGUACAGACAGCAGCGCUACGUGCGGUGGGUAACAUCGUCACUGGAUCCGAUGAUCAGACACAGGUCGUGCUGAACUGUGACGCACUGUCACACUUCCCCAAGCUGUUGACGCACAGUAAGGACAAGAUUCGCAAAGAAGCCGUAUGGUUCCUGUCCAACAUUACGGCAGGAAACCAGUCGCAGGUGCAGGCCGUUAUCGAUGCUGGUCUGCUACCGAAGGUGAUCGAUAAUCUGAAGCACGGCGACUUCCAUACGCAGAAAGAGGCGGCUUGGGCGAUCAGCAACCUAACGAUCAGUGGCAAUCGCGAGCAGGUCGCACAGUUGAUAAACGAUGGUGCUGUUCAACCGUUCUGCGAUUUGCUUAUGUGCCAGGAUUGUCAAGUUAUCAAUGUUGUACUCGACGGCAUUAACAAUAUGCUGAAAUUGGCCGGACCCCACGCAGAACAUGUCGCCAAUCUGAUCGAGGAAUGUGACGGUGUGUCAAAGAUUGAAGUUUUGCAAAAUCACGAGAAUGUUGAAAUUUAUAAGCUCGCGUACGACAUCAUCGAACAGUUCUUUUCGGAAGAUGUUGACGAGGCAGUCUUAGAAGACCUAAGACCUGCAGCCGACGAGAGCACGUUCCAGUUUAAUCAGAAUCCAAACAUUCCCCGCGAUGGAUUCAACUUCUAA